UGGUUGUGAGGUGGUGGUUGUGGAGGUGGCGAGGCAGUGGUGAGUUCGUGGUGGUGGUGAGUUGGUGCAAUGGGCAGGCGUACGGGCCGCCCCCCGGGUCGCACGCCCGUGUACGCGAGCGAGGCGGAGCGGCGCGAGGCGCGCACGCGGCGUGACAAGGAGCGCAAGCGGCGCAGCGUGCACGUGGGGCGGCACAAGGAGCGCUGGGACGCGGCGAAACGACGCGCGGGCACCGCUCGGGACGAGGACUUCGCGGGGCAGCUGCUCGCCCUGCUCGACCGGGCAGCUGUGGUAGCAGAGGCAGCUGAUGGUGGUGCUGCUGCUGCUGGUGGUGGUGGAGAUGAUGGUGAUGAUGCAGCAGCAGCAGCAGUGACUGCGGUGGGAGAUGACGAGGCAGCAGUCGAAGGAGGAGGCGUCGGUGGUGGUGGUGAUGGAGGAGGAGGAGGAAUAGCAGGAGAAGAUGGAGAUGUCAUAACUGCAGCUGCUGCGUCUGUUGCAAAUACUUUGAGCGUGAAGCCAGACAGAUUAUCGAAGAACAAAGCAAGUCAAACUCGCAUUAAGUGUGAAUCUUCUGCUGAAAAACUGGGUGAAAGUGGCAGGACCAGAAAGCAGAACGGAUCGGACAUCAGGCCAGUGUUUAAAGAACAUGAUUGGCAGAAAGUUGCAGGGGGGAAGCCAGGCUCAUCUCACUCCACUAGAAGGGAGUGCGCCACAAGUAAAAAUUACAAGGAAGAUGAUGACGACAGUGGUGAUGAGAGCGAAGGGGACGAAGUCGCCGAAGAACACGAGGAUGAAAACGAGGCAGUAGCGGGAGCAGCGGAAAAAGAGAACCAAUCGAAACAUUCGGCGGAGGAAGACGUGGCGGCAGAUGAAGGCAAGAGCAGCGGUAGUGGCAGCAGCAGCAACAGCAGUAGCAGCAGCAGCAGCAGCAACCAAGACGAUGACGAGGCAGAGGAUAAUGAUGUACAAGACGAUGAUGGCAGGGACACAGAUGGGACGGCCAAUGCGGCCGUCGUGGUGAAGGACACGCCGCGGGACGCGUACGACUUUGGCGGCAGCGACGACAACGCCGAGGAGGAAGUCGGAGCGUGUGGCGAGUGUGGGAGCGGCAGUUCCGUUGAAUCGGAUUCCGAUUAUGACAAGGAAGGCAAGAAGCCGGGGCAGAACACCCCUGCACAAACACGGAAAGGUGCCAAGGACAUUGGAGAUGAUGACAAACCAAAGAAAAGGAAGUAUCAGAAGAAAGACCCUAACGAACCUACCACCCGUAAAGUAAGGAGGAAAACCAAGCAGAUGGACGCCGAUGGGCUGCCCGUCCUCUACCACUGCACGCAGCUUGGCUGCGAGAAGGUCUACCGUGUCAAGGAGUACCUAACAAACCACGUGAAGGCUGUGCACGGCGACCGCAAGCUGGUGUGUGGCAUGCAGGGCUGCGGCAAGCGCUUUGUUCUGCCUCGCCACCUCAAGAAGCACCAGCUUCUCCACUCGGACGAGAGGAAUUUUGUAUGUGAGACGUGCGGAGCUUCGUUUAAAUCCAAGAAGAACCUACUCAUCCAUCUGAGGAUCCACACAGGAGAAAAGCCCCUGCAGUGCGAGCUGUGCGGGUACCGCUGCCGGCAGAAGGCGUCGCUCAACUGGCACAUGCGCAAACACAACAUUGAGCUGAGCUUCUCGUUCGCGUGCGACCUCUGCGGCAAGCGCUUCGAGAAGAGCGACAACCUCCGAUGCCACCAGCUCAAAAGUCACCCCGACCGGGAGCCGGGCAACCCAUACCCCGAGGCCGCGCCAGUGCAGCCACACGCUUGCUGACAGGACUUUGCGCCGUCUUGCAUUUCGAACAAGUAAGAUGCGCAAGCUGGCCGAGGACGAAUUUUGCACCCAGCAAACUCUGGAUCCGCCAACCAUGACAUCCGGUGGGAUGGCAUAGGAGCAAGUUGUGGACUCGGCGUACACCACAUAGACUUGUUACUAAUAGGUUGCUGUAAAACCAAUUGAUGUGUCUUUGUGUGUGUACACGAGUGUAUAUGGGGACAGCGGUAUUUACAGUGGUUUAGUGCGCUGAGCUAUGAACCAUGCAAACGGAGUCCCGGCCACAGCUGACAUCAGUGGCAAACAAUAUCAGAACUUGUUUUGGGCCACUCUUUAAUCAAUCUGAGCGUCAAACGAGUACUUUCUGAGGUAUGUAAAUAUCAGAAUUUUUUUUCCAAAAUCAGAAUAUCUAUACUGGAAGAAUCUGAUGAGCUAUGAAGCUCUUUUUUUUACUUUUGUCCAGUAGGGGCGGGUCAGAAUGUUACAACAAUAAACAAUAGAAAAACAC